GCUGAGUGCAGGGUUACCGCGCCCAUCUAUGCUGUUUGAUGGCCGCAGGAAGAAACCGCUGAGAUUCUGAAGCCAGGAAGAAAAGGAGGGACGAGGUCGACGAAGUUGGACGAGGGGGGGUUGUUUUCAUUUCGCCCUGAAAGUGGAAUUUGUGGCGGCUUCGGAGGGAGACUCAGAAAUAACUUUUUUGGGGGGUGAAAUACAGCCUUGUAUCUGCUCGACUGUACCGGUGUCUCCCCCUCCUCCUUCGGUGGGUCAAAAACCGGAUUCGGGGAGUGCCGCUCCUCGCUAGCUACAUCCGAGAGAGGAGAGACCAGCUUGUUUUUGUUGUUUUUGCCAGCUAAUGUGAUUUAUAGCACGGAUAACAUCUGCAAGAAGAUCAGAAAGAGUCUAGGUGGCGGAGCAAAGCACACCAUUAGCAGAGGAAAAUGAGUGAACUGGAUCAGCUACGCCAGGAGGCUGAGCAACUCAAGAACCAGAUCAGAGAUGCCAGGAAAGCGUGUGCUGAUGCUACCCUGUCCCAGAUUACAGCUAACAUUGACCCUGUUGGCCGAAUUCAGAUGCGCACUCGUCGGACACUGAGGGGUCAUCUGGCUAAAAUCUAUGCCAUGCACUGGGGCACUGAUUCAAGGCUUUUGGUCAGUGCCUCCCAGGAUGGCAAGCUCAUUAUUUGGGAUAGCUACACCACCAACAAGGUCCAUGCUAUUCCUCUGCGCUCCUCUUGGGUGAUGACAUGCGCCUAUGCCCCUUCUGGAAACUAUGUUGCCUGUGGGGGCUUGGACAACAUCUGCUCCAUUUACAACCUGAAGACCCGUGAGGGAAAUGUGCGUGUUAGCCGUGAGUUGGCUGGACACACAGGCUACCUGUCCUGCUGUCGCUUCCUGGAUGACAACCAGAUUGUCACCAGCUCUGGUGACACCACCUGUGCUCUUUGGGACAUUGAGACUGGACAGCAGACAACUACAUUCGCUGGCCACACUGGUGAUGUCAUGAGUCUGUCUCUGGCACCUGACACCAGGCUGUUUGUGUCUGGGGCCUGUGAUGCCUCGGCCAAGCUCUGGGACAUCAGAGAAGGAAUGUGCCGGCAGACUUUCACUGGCCAUGAGUCGGACAUCAAUGCCAUUUGCUUCUUCCCCAAUGGCAAUGCCUUUGCCACGGGCUCAGAUGAUGCCACAUGCCGGCUGUUUGACCUGCGUGCUGACCAGGAGUUGAUGGUGUACUCGCAUGACAACAUUAUCUGUGGCAUCACCUCUGUGGCAUUCUCCAAGAGCGGCCGCCUACUGCUGGCCGGCUAUGAUGAUUUCAACUGCAAUGUGUGGGACACUUUGAAGGCCGACCGUGCAGGCGUCCUAGCUGGUCAUGACAACCGGGUGAGCUGCUUGGGUGUGACUGAUGAUGGCAUGGCAGUGGCAACAGGGUCCUGGGAUAGCUUCCUCAAGAUCUGGAACUAGAGUUUGAAGAUGGCGUCUGGACUCCAAAGUUGUGUGGAAGACCAUUCCUACAUCACGAUGUUGUAUUGCAUAUCCAAUCUUUUCAAAACACGAUACUGACUCAAAAAACCCAAAAAUCUAUUUAGAGCAAAAAUCUCUCCCUCUCUCCUCCUCCUCAUCAUAAAAGAGCACAAAUGUCUGUCACUCAUUCCGCUGCAAUACAGAUAAAAGCUCAAAGAAUUUGGUCAUCUCUCAAUGGACAGAUGGAAAUUGUGCAUUCCUCCCAUGACCACGGGUCUGAGUGAAGACUGACAUGACAGCGAUCUAACUCUUAAUAGCUUCUCUGCAUUUUUUAUUUUUAUUUCUUUGCUUUUGUUUUUCUUCUUCCACCUCCUCUCUGUCAUAGUAGAUCCGUAGAUCGUCUGUUAAUGUUAAAACCGAGGAUCAAAGCUUUGUUUUACUUGCUCAUCAUUUCAUGUUCUAAAGAAUAUCUCAAAUUGAAAAUGAAAAUAAAACCUACAGAAUGUCCCUGUGAAUCCAGCUUUAUCCCACUGGAGAACAAAGCGAGAGAAUUUUGCUUCAACACGGAGUCCUCAGCCACUUCUGGCCCUGCUGUAUAUUUAGUCCCAUGAUACUUUUAUUUUGUUCCAGUGUAGUCCACAAAUCUUUGUUUGCACAAAAAUUUUAACUUUGCAUAUAUAGGAGAAAGAAGUUAACUAACCAAGCACAUGCUGUGAUAAUGAAUGCUCGUUUUUAAAAUGCAAAAACCACAAAAAAGAAAAAAAAAUGUAACCACUCUUACACCUUGUCUGGCACCAGUCUGGACUAAUUAAAUGAAUAUUAACCUAUUGGAUCAUAAUCCACCCUGCCCCUUUUAUUUUAUUUUUUCUUCCUGUAAUUUUAUUGUCCCUGGUUUCUAUUGUUGUUGGGAACAGGCGGAUGUGGCGGGUCGGUUAGGGGAGUCGCUCCACUUUAGACAGGCUGUGUUCCAGAACUUUCUUUAACAGAGGUGCCCAUUCCGUGCUUGGAAAUGCAGUUACUACUCUGUGAAUGACAUGUUGUAUAAAUCAGUGUUUGAAAAUAAUGAUAUUGAAACAUUUUAGUUUAAAAAAGUUUAAAAAAUUAAAAAAAAAUAAAGAUUUUGGUUGUCUGCCAUGGGUGGGUUAUCUCUUAGAAUCGCAUGCUGUAGAAUUGCUUUAAAGGUGCAUACGGGAUUAACUCCUUUGAUGUUUUCUUUAAGAAAAUAACCUGUUUAAUAUAUCAAUACGCUGGUAUUUAUUUUACUUCUCCCGUUUUUUGUUUUUUUUUGCUACUCCGUGCAUACAUGGUUCAAGUAAAAUGUCAAAACUAUGCACAUGAGAAGCAAGUUACUCGGCCCAUACUUUGGAGGGGUUUCACAAUAAGUCACCGAAAUGUAAAUUGCACACACCUAGAUAUGUCCAGUCACCUAAAUAUACCAAUGGGCCUAACUUUAAUUCCUUCUGUAGCAAACAAAAAUCAAGUUAAAUGAAAAAUUUUAUAACAGGUUUUUUUCUGUCCUUUAAUAAAAAAAAUGAAAAAAAAAUCUUGCAGCAUCUGGAUGGCAGACUUUUCUGUUACCUUCUCCUUGUAAACAAGACGCUCUUCCUUACUAGCAUUAGUGACUUUUUCCAUUUUGUUUUCCCUCUACAACAUUCUGUACAAAAAAAAAUGUGCUGUGAUUGUGCGUUAGGCCUGGAGUUGGCAAAAAAAUGUUAAUUAAAAUUUCCUUUUCUCUUUCUCCAUCAAAUAACUGUAGAGCUCUGCAUCCCCACCCUCAUUCCCUUUUCAUUUUUUGUAUUUAAUUUUAAAGUCAGUCAGUGUACAACCGAAAGCUGGAUGCAAGAUAGAAACUAUAUUAAAAUGUACUGUUAUUUAAGAUGUAAUAAAACGCAGUUUGAGAUGA